UACUUUUGGUGACUGCCUGUAUUUUAUGCAAUGUAUCAGUCCGUGUCUGAAACUAGACAUCCUCUUCAGUCAGAAGAACAAGAAGUAGGCAUUGACCCCUUGUCCAGCUAUUCAAAUAAGCCUGGAGGAGAUCCAAGUCAAAAUGGAAAAAGGACAAAUUCUACCAUAGACUCUGAAGGAACCUUUAAUUCGUAUACGAAAGAAUGGGAAGAACUAUUUGUAAACAACAAUUACUUGGCAACAAUAAGACAGAAGGGGAUUAAUGGGCAGCUGAGAAGCAGCAGGUUCCGCAGCAUCUGCUGGAAGCUCUUUCUUUGUGUUCUUCCUCAAGAUAAAAGUCAGUGGAUAAGUAGAAUUAAAGAACUAAGAGCAUGGUAUAACAGUAUUAAAGAAAUACAUAUCACUAACCCAAGGAAAGUUGUUGGCCAACAGGAUCUGAUGAUCAACAAUCCCCUUUCACAAGAUGAAGGAAGUCUUUGGAACAAGUUCUUUCAAGAUAAAGAGCUGCGGUCCAUGAUUGAGCAAGACGUCAAAAGAACAUUCCCUGAAAUGCAGUUUUUCCAGCAAGAAAAUGUGAGAAAAAUUCUUACAGAUGUUCUGUUCUGUUAUGCGAGAGAAAAUGAGCAGUUGCUUUAUAAACAGGGUAUGCAUGAGCUACUAGCACCUAUCAUCUUUAUCCUUCACUGUGACCACCAAGCUUUUCUACAUGCCAGCGAGUCUGCACAGCCCAGUGAGGAAAUGAAAACUCUAUUGAACCCUGAGUAUCUGGAACAUGACGCCUUUGCAAUGUUCUCACAGCUUAUGGAAACUGCUGAACCUUGGUUUUCUACUUUUGAGCAUGAUGGUCAAAAGGGAAAAGAAACUCUGAUGACCCCCAUGCCCUUUGCUAGACCACAGGAUUUAGGGCCAACAGUUGCCAUUGUUACCAAAGUCAACCAGAUCCAGGACCAUCUCCUAAAGAAGCAUGAUAUUGAGCUCUACAUGCACUUGAACAGACUAGAAAUUGCACCACAAAUAUAUGGGUUGAGAUGGGUGCGGCUCCUGUUUGGAAGGGAGUUCCCGCUGCAGGAUCUGCUGGUGGUCUGGGAUGCCUUGUUUGCAGAUGGCCUUAGCCUGAGCUUAGUGGACUACAUCUUCAUAGCCAUGUUACUCUAUAUCCGAGAUGCUUUGAUUUCCAGUAACUACCAGACCUGUCUCGGCCUUCUGAUGCAUUAUCCACUCAUCGGGGACAUACAUUCACUGAUUCUUAAGGCUCUGUUCCUUAGAGACCCAAAGAGAAAUCCAAGGCCUGUGACUUACCAGUUCCGCCCCAAUUUAGACUACUACAAGGCCCGGGGAGCAGACCUUAUGAAUAAAAGCCGGACCAAUGCCCGAGGCGCUCCCCUGAACAUACACAAGGUCUCCAACAGCCUGAUUAACUUUGGAAGAAAGUUGAUUUCCCCAGCCUCGGUUCCAGGUGGUAUGGGUGGCCCUGCACCUGGUGGCGGCGGCGGUGGUGGUGGUGGCCCUGCACCUGGAGGCAGCUCUUUCCCUGCUGCUGUCUCCAGAAGCUCCGAAGAAGCCCCAAGGCAUCACGUGCAGCAGCAGCAACAGCAGCAGCAGCAGCGACUGAUGAAAUCCGAAAGCAUGCCGGUACAGUUGAACAAAGGCGAUGUAGUUACAGGAAGUGGUGCUCAGCUUUCUGUUCCUGUCCAGGUUCUAACUGACCUCCAAGGGCAGAAUUCUAAAACCAUCAGUUCAUCCCCAAGCAUUGAGAGUUUGCCUGGGGGGAGAGAGUCCACUGGCUCCCCACCUUCAUCUGCCACUAAAAAGGAUUCCUUUUUCAGCAACAUCGCACGUUCUCGCUCCCACAGCAAAACUAUGGGCAGAAAAGAAUCUGAAGAAGAAUUAGAAGCCCAGAUUUCCUUCCUGCAAGGACAGCUGAAUGACCUGGAUGCCAUGUGCAAGUACUGUGCGAAGGUCAUGGACAUGCAUCUCGUAAAUAUUCAAGAUGUGGUAUUACAAGAGAAUUUGGAAAAAGAAGAUCAAAUCCUGGUUUCCUUGGCAGGAUUAAAACAGAUCAAAGACAUUCUGAAAGGAUCCCUGCGCUUCAACCAAAGCCAGCUGGAGGCUGAAGGGAAUGAGCAGAUAAACAUCGCCGAUGACCACUACUGCUCCAGUGGCCAGGACCAAAGCAGCCAAGCUCCUGGGGCCUCCAAGCAGGCCUCUUCAGCGAUGCCAGGGUGCACGGGCGGAGGGACCUCAGAUGACUUCAUCCUGGUUUCCAAAGACGACGAGGGACGCAGUGCCAAGGGGCCCUUCGCAGGCCAGUCCCAACCCCUUCUCACCAUCAGAAGCACAUGUGGGAAAAGCAGGGUUCCAGCCUGCUCCCCACUGGUAUUCUCAGACCCGUUGAUGGGCCCAGCCUCAGCCUCCUCCAGCAACCCCAGCUCUAGCCCUGAUGAUGACAGCAGCAAGGACUCUGGCUUCACUAUCGUGAGCCCCUUGGACAUCUGAACAUGGGUCUCCACCAGUGGAGGCCCUGUUGAACCAGUGUUUCUUUCCCGGCAUGCAUUUGGCGUUGGCACAACCGUUGGAACCCUUUGGAAAGAGGCCUUUUCUUUCAGUGCACGAUGUCCAGGUCACCUGACCUGGGACCCUUGCUCUGACUUAGAGCUAGGUCAGACACACCCACUGUCAGAGAGACCAGACACAACUGAGCCACCUGUCUUCCAUCUCCUCCGCCACAGCAGCUCUGUAGGUCACACUUAGGAGAGUUGCAGGAGACUGGAAAUCUGGCAGCCAGCCUCACUCCUAGCUGGAGGCAGGUGAACUUUAGAAGCAAGGUCUCAAAUUAGGACCCAGAUCCUGCUCUGACAUGAUCCUCCCAGAACAGCUGCAUUUCACCUUCUACAAUCUCCACAGCCAGGAAGGGAGGCAGCCCUAACUUAAGGUGGCCUGUUCAAUGAGGAGAAAGCCACAUUCAUACCACCCAGGCCCAGACCCCCACCCCUAAAGAACAUUCCAGGUCCCAGAGGAUACAGGGCUCCUACUCAACCCUUUCCCACUCUGGGCACUCAGGCUGCAAGGAGGGGUCUGCCUGUCCCCUGCUCCACCUGGGCUGGUGUAGGUGUGACACCUCCCCUCCUCUGCUGGCAGGGUACAGAGCGGUAUCGGGCACAACACGUCUUUCCUGCAAGGUCAAGGGCUUUCUGUGCCAAGCAGGCACUCUGCUAGAAACAGCGGGCAUUGUUGGCAGAUGCCGCCCGUUACAUCUGCCCUCUGCCCCUCUCCUCAGGGCAGCAGAGUCCCGAGCAGUGACCCUCCCCUUCAUGGCACCGUCUUUCUCUGCAGACAAAUAUGUUAAUGCCAUGAUGCUUGCUCCAUCUGGGAAAACGAGGACACUCAAGCCAUCCACUAUGCGGGUUUGUCCUUAGCUGCACUAGACAGCAGGGCUGAUGGCUCUCGGUGGCAAGGCUCAGCGGGGCCUUAUGACAAGUCCUCCCGGCACUUUGAGGAGGAUUAGUUCUGUGUCCCAUGAAGACACUCAGUAAGAACCAGGGCCACCACACGAUGCGUGUCCAUCCCCCAAGGGAAGGUUGCCAUGAGCAAAUUCACAGAAGGCCUGACUUAAGAAGGCAUCAGUACCCUUAGACCUAAGGUAGGAAGUAUCAACUCAUCCCUCCAGGCCUGCGACAGUGCUGGUCAUGUCUGUCCCAGCUGAGGCACUGUUCCCAACAUUCCCUUUGCUUUGAGAACACAGGUCAUAGCUGAACGGCACUGGCUAUCCACGGGGCCAAGAAGCUGGCAAACUGAUUCCUUGCCAUUUGAUGGGCAUUUCAUAGUCCUUAACCUACCCACCCUGCCCGUACUCACCCUGCCCGUACUCACCCUGCCCGUGCCCCCCCAUCCUGUGCUUGUGUGGAUGCCACAUGAGUGCCCCUGGGUUCACACAGAUGUCCCUGUGGUCCCCAGUCAGCCCGCUUUCUGCUCGGAAGAAACAGGACUGGAAAGUGCUGUCUUCUCUAAGUGAUCAUUCUUCCUUGUUGAACAUUGCUUCUCUUUCUGUUGCCUACAUUGCUGGUGCAGAGUGCAUUCCUUCCCUGUUACUGUAUCAGGUAUUUCUGUCUAAUUCACACUGUAAAACCCUGGACAUAGAGAACUUUUUCUUUAACCACAUGGUGAUCAUCAGUUUUAAUUGCUCACAUUUUGAUCAUAGCAGCUAAAUACAGUUUUAUAUAUAUAUAUAUAUAUAUAUGCCAAGCUUAGACUAA